GUGUGAACCUGCGCACACAACUGAAGCAUCGUUUUCGAGGAAAAAUUUUUCGCUAAGACAUUAAGUUGUCUAUGAAAUUUUAUUUCAGUUUGCAUUAAACCGAUCGAAGAGGAGAAAGGUAGAGUUUUCUAUUGAAGUGCGUGUGAGAAAUAGUUGAUUAACGAAUUAUCAAAAUGGUCUACGAAUUUGAAUUCUACACCAACCGUCCAUCAUUUUAUUUAAGAGACUAUCUAAGGCCUCGAUACUAUCCAUCGUACUAUUCAUCAUAUUUGCCAUCUUAUGGCUCCUACCUACAUGAUAGAUACUACUACACUAAUGGAUACUAUAAACCAUGGUAUCGAUCGCCUUACACUUACGCACGGACACGAGAUUACAUGCCCUACAGACCUAAUUACGAUUACAAAUACGAUAUCCCCGAAAACACUUACAGACAUUAUACCCCAUAUCCAAUGUCGAGACUAGUGACUCCAAUCUAUCCCGAAGCUGAAAAAUACGCCCACACUUACGGUUUGAAACUUGAUGCUGCCACCCGAGACAUACGUUCAAAAUCGGUAAGACUUCUGCAAGAAUGUCGGUCGACUGUUCAACGUGCAUCCAGCAUACCCCGUUUUGUACGUGCUUCGAGUUUGGAACCGACUUACAGCAGCGACGAUGACUACUACCGCAUGAAAAGAGCUGUUAGCCGCACACGAAUGAUGAGUGAAGAGCCGUCGUUUUACAGCAGUCAAUUUUAUUAAUUUUUUUAGUUUAAAUUUUAUUUAUAUUCAAAGAAAAGGAAGCGUCAAGUAAGAUAAACUAUUUCGAUCGAAACUAAUUAAAUUUCUAAAACAAA